CACAAGCCAAUACAACAUUAUAUUCAAUCAAACAUUUAUCCACUGCAAAACCCCAAUCUUCUACUUCAACUUUCGUACAAACCAUGUCUUGCUCCAGCGGAAAAUGUAACUGCGGCUCUAGCUGCUCGUGCGGCAGCAGCUGCAAUUGUCGAGGAUUUGGGAUUGACGCUGAUGUUGAGAAGCCCAGCAGUGUGAGCAGCCUCAUCCAGGGCGUUGCACCAAUGAAGAACAGCUUUGAGGGAGGAGCUGAGAAGGCAACAGAGGGAGGACAUGCAUGCAAGUGCGGAGAUAACUGCAAAUGCAACCCUUGCAACUGUUGACCAAACAAACUAAUAACUAUGUUGUCGUGUGUGAGUUUAAUAAUAAUAUAAUAAGGUGGAGUGUACUGGACAGGUGCAAUUCUUGGAAUUGUGUGGUGCAGUGUCUGGUGCCUCUUAAUUAUCUGAUGUUUGUGUCUUUCAUUCUGAUAUGUUACGUUUGGGUUGGGUAUUGAAAUUGUGAGAGCUGAGGGAGAUUGAAAUGUAUUGAAACAAAUUAUAUAUGUUAUCAAUCAAUAGAGCUCAUAAUUUCUACCUAAUC